AUGCCUUUCGACUUCAAGGCCUACGACGCAAAGUGUCUCGGCCUGACGCCGGAAGAGCUCCAGAGGGAGUGGGAGCACUACACGCGGCUCAUCUCCGGGGCCUCGACGUCGACCGCCGUCUCCGGGCUCGCCAUCCCCUUCACGCUCGGGGUGUCGACCAUCGGCGUCGCCAUGGCGGCGCCGGCCAUCCACAACGCGCGCAGGAAGCGCGACAUCAUCGAGCGGCACCUCCAGAGGCACGGCGCCACGCACGUCACCCGCAAGCGCGACGUGCUGGGCAGCAUGGCCGUCAGCGGCACCAUCGGCGUCGUGACGCUCGGCGUCGGCACGGCCGGGGCGGACGCCAUCGCCACGGCCGGCGCCGAGCACGGCAUCUCGGCCAUCGCCGAGAACGACACGGCCAUCAAGGUCGUCACCCACGCCGCCCUCGAUGGCGUGGGCAUGGGCGUCGAGCACGCCCACACGAGCCGCCUCAAGAAGAAGGACGCCUUCAAGGCUUUCCAGGCCGCGGGCGUCUUCCAGGCCGUUCAGGAUGCCAAGGCCGCCGAGCACCAUGCCCAGCAGCAGCAUUAUCAGCAGCAGCAGCAGCAGCAGCAGCAACAACCAUUCUACCCCUACUCCCAGAGCCAGCCGCAGUAUCUUCCGGCUCCUCCCUAUCAGCCCGCCACGUCGACUGGGUUCCCCCCGUCCCAGUCGUCGUCUUCUUACGCACCUAGUUUCGUCACGACGUACAAUCCCGCGUACCAGGACGAGAAGCAGGGCUACCAUCCCGCGGUAACAAACCAGCCAGCCCCUCAGCAACACGUCCUCCAGCAACACGUCCUCCAGCAACAAGCCCCCCAGCAACAUGUCCCUCAGCAACAGCAACACGUCCCCCAGCAGCCGGCCCAGCAACAGUCACACGAGCCGCCGCAGUCUUACACUGUUCAGCCACCUCCUCAUGAGCAUGCUGGCCAAACAUCAACGCUACCGGCUACGGCACCGCAGCAGCAGCAGCAACAGCACCAGGCUCAAGUGCCUCCGCCUCCUUCACCAAGGCCGGCCUCGACUUAUACUCCCCCGACGCCGUCGCAGGGCCCUCCAGCUUAUGGCUACCAGCAGCACGCUUACACUCCGGCCCCUCCGUACGGACACUCCUUUCCACCACCACCACCUCCUCCCGGGCCACCCCCUCAACAGCCCCAGCAUAGCUACCAGCCGAUGGUCGCUCAUCAUCAUCAUCACCAUCCUCCUCCUCCUCCUCCUCCUCCUCCGCCGCCUCCGUCAUACCCUCCACCCGCAUCAAAUGCUGUAUAUAUCCACCCCCCGCAGCAGCAGCAGCAGCAGCAGCAGCAGCAGAAAGCAAUCGAGACCCAAUAUGCGCCGGUUCCUAUUCCCGCGGCGUACAACCUCACACCGGACCAUACAGCCCACCAGCAACACCCGUCCACGCCAGCCCAGCAAGGAUACCAACCUGCUCCGCAGCCAUACCAUCCACAACCAUACCAGCCACAACCAUACCAGCCGCAGCCACAAGCGCAGCAGACGCAGGAGCAGACGCAGCAGCAACAUCCUUAUAAUCCCCUGCCGACGCCGGUGUCUCCGCCAAACUCGGUUCUUGCAGCGGCUCAAGCGCAAGGCGUCUCGGGCUACUUCCCAGCCGUGACGACUACGCAGCAGCAGCAGCAGCAGCAGCACCAUGUGGCUUAUGAUCCGCAAAAGUGGAACGCACCGUACACUCCAGCUGCGACUCCCGGGACCCCGUAUAUCCCGCAGGCUUCUCCAGUGCAGCCCGCCUACCCUGCCGGCGGAACUGUUCCAGGUCCGAAUCUUACGAGUCAGCCGGUCGCGGGCUACGCGACUGGCUAGCUAGUU